AUGCCUAAAUCUCUACAGCCCGUUCCACUUUCUCGUCCUCCUCAACUGUAUAGUCCUUCUCCGGUUCCUAUACCACCUGCUACGACGGCUUAUCAUUCGCCUUUAGAACCCACAUACUCAACAGCAUCAAGAUCUUUUCAAGGACGCCAGGUUCCACCAUUUAUAGAUAUUUCAAAUGCUGAUAAUGAUCUGCUUUUCCCACAACCAAGUAUAACUACUCCAAUAACACCAGCUACACCUGGUCAGCCUUUUCCGAGCCCUGGCCUUUUUUCUCCAAACACUCGCCGUCCUGCAAACCUUGUAGUUGGCAGUCAGCAGUCCUUCAUACAACGGAAAUCUUUUGCUGAAAUAGUAAUUUUUACAAAUGCUCAGUAUAAUCAAUUAAAAAUUUUAUGCUCUGAUAAGAUAUUAUCAGCAUACAACGCAGAAAAUUGGGAAUCUAUACUCGUAAACGAAAAAUUUCCGACCACGAAUUCUGGCGUUCUAGCGAUUUCUACAUCUUAUUUAGUAUUGGUAUUGACAUCUGAUUAUUUAAGGCAAGAUGCCUACGACGUGGAGAUGGCCACAGUAAGCUUGGCAAUUGAGUUUGCCACUAAUAAUGAAAAAACUGCCAAUUUUAAUACUUUACUUCUCCAUUGUCUGAGCCAAAUACGUCGUGUAUUGGAGGCUGAAUUUACUGGAGAUAUUCCUGUAUUGGCGUAUAAUUCUUUAUUUCUCGUGAGAGUCUUUUCCAAACAUUUUAUCGGAAAUAUGACUCGUGAAGAAAUUCAUCGACAAUUUGAAGGUGAUAUAGUAGAUAAACAAAUAACAAACGGUUUUACUUGUGAAGAGAAUAAACACACCCGGAUAGAACUUGGUCCCAAUAAUCUUGUAAUUGAUUUACAAAUAGUCCAGGAUUCAAGGUCUAAAUCUGAACUGUUAUUGGAUUGUUUAGUGACUGCUAUAUCAACAUUAGAUCCAAUUUCGAAUGCUUCCACAUACGAGUUUUAUCAAGAAUGCCUCAACACACUCUUAGUCUUGCUUUCCACUCAAAUACAUCAACCAUCUGCUAAUCAGCUUGAUAAUAAUUAUUUUUUGAAUAUAUUGUUGACAUGUUUUAGUAAUGAUAUAGAUAUUUUAACGAAGCGAUUGAUUAUGAACUUUAUUGAGCAAAAAUCUCCUCCACCGGCUUCGACAAGUAAUAAACUAUAUGUUGUUUUUAAAAUGAUUUUUCUUGCUAUUGCCUAUCAAAUUGAUGUUGUGACUUACUUUUUCAUAAUAACAGAUGUUGUAUAUAAUGCUUAUUCAUAUUUAUUCCCUGGGAGAUCAUCUGCUGCAUUACCUGCAGAUCCUCCUCCUAUAGCAGAACGGAGUUUGCUUAUAUUACUCCUACUCGCAUCGCAAUGGAAAAUGUCCGGCCAAGACAAAAAUAAAUUUAGAGAGGCGAUUAAAUCAUUGAAGGAUGCUCAAAUAUCAGAGGAUAGUGAUAUGGCAAUAUCAUUUCGAGCUUUAUAUCAAUUGAUAUGCCGAGUUUAUGUAUUAUCACGAUUAGAUCCAGAAAUUCUUCUACUUCAAAUACUUCGUUUGCUUUAUGACGGUGUUGAUGGCAAAGCAAAUUACUCUCAAAUGUAUAUUCUGCUUACUAUACUACUUUUAUUCAGCCAAGAUGAAGUAUUUAAUGAAAAUAUUCAAAAAAUUCCAUGGUAUACAGAACGUUUAUUAAAAUCAAUAUCGUUAGGAGGGCUCACUUAUCUUGUUCUCAUACGUAUAAUACAAUAUAAUCUUUGUUCUCAUCGGGAUGUCUAUUUUCACACAAAUUGCCUAGCAAUUAUGGCUAAUUUGGGUAGUAGUAUUCAAGAUAUACAUCCUUACGUAGCACAACGACUUGUUAACUUGUUUGACAUUGUAGCAAAGAGAUAUCAAAAAUUGUAUAAAAAAGCACAAGAGGGCGAAGAAGAAAAUUCCGAUGAUAUUUCCAUUUAUGGCGAUCUUGUCUGUCUAGUAUUGGAGGAGCACCCGAGAUUUUCGGAACUAAUUGCUAAUAUAAAUAACGUAACUAGUUAUUUUCAUGUUCGAAUUUCAGAAUCAAAUUUGAAAUCUCCGUCAGCUGAAGAAAUUUCAGAAUUAAUAGAAACAACAGCACGAACUUGGCCACCAGGUCGUCUCAAGGAAUUCCCUGAUCUCAAAUUUCAAUAUGAAGAAGAAUCAGAAUCACAAGAAUUCUUUUGUCCAUAUGUAUGGGCCCUCAUAUAUCGUCACACCUGGAUUUAUUGGGAUGAAGAAAAAGCACGUAUUUUGCAUGAUUAUAUUAUGCACGAAGAAACAACGGAUUCAGAUGCAAAUCACCACAUAAGUGCGAA